ACUCUCGCCGUUCCUCGACAAAACCGAGACAGCAUCCACGCCGAGGAUCAGCUGGCUGUGCUGCGGGUUUUCCUAACGCUUCAUACAAGUACCCUUGAAGUCGCUCCGAUUGCCUUUAGUGGCGGCUCUUGAGCGGCGGCACAAGAGACUCUCGGGGUAAAACCGACUCAACUCAAGCGACACCCUGCUGAAGACUCAGACUUAAGAAAAAUGAAGGCAAAUGAUGACCUGCAGCUUAAUAUCACAAAUUCUUAUGGGUGAAACACAAGCUUUUUUUAGAGAGUAAUUUCCUGGCUUCUAUUUCUACAUGCCUGCUGCGAUUCUUGGUCAGUAUGUCACUAUCAGACUGCAAAAAUGGGAGCAACACUCCAAGGCCCCACAGUUACAGCCUUCAUAGCUUGCCCAUUGCUGACACCCAUGGAAAAAGGCCUGUCCAGACAUUCCUGGACUUCAGGGACACGAAUGUGCCUGAAAAUCUGGACCUUAAACAUGUUCCUAUGUUGUUAUUCACAAACCUGCAGCGCAUCUCGAAAGUCAAAGUGGUUAGCUUCCUCCUGGGCUUGACACUGACCUUUCUCAUCAUGGCUUCUUAUGUGUUAAUGUGGGAUAAGAAAGGACUUUUGUUCACUCCCUCACCAUAUCAGCUCAGACCUGCAGCCAUCCCAACCAGCACAGCUGCAGCUAGGGCUUCUUCUAAAAAGAACUUAGUAAACAUGAAAGUGCUUGUAAGGGUCAUCAGCUCCACACAGGAACGCACACCCAGGAAAGUGCCUGAUGACAAGGACGUCAUUGAAACAGACUCCCACUUGUUUUCAGUAAUACCUCAUCAUUUUUUGCCCGGCAUCAAGAGCCCAUGCUGGUACGAGGAGUUUUCCAGUAAGCCUGGCAUUGACCCAUACAGGAGGAACCUCUUCACGCUGCACUCAAAGUCUUUCAAGACUGUGUGUGACCGACUGAGGGCCAAUUUUAACCAGCAUUUAUACCACAGAGAUGGGAAAGACUUUCGUCUGCGGUGCCUGCCAUACUUUUACAUCAUUGGUCAACCAAAGUGUGGCACGACUGACUUGUUUCACAGACUGCUGCUUCAUCCAGAAGUCAGAUUCAACAUAAUGAAAGAGCCACACUGGUGGACCAGGAAACGGUUUGGUUAUAUUCGUUUCAAAGAUGGCUUCCAGGAAAGUUUCCCUGUGGAAGAUUACCUGGAUCUGUUUGACUUGGCGGCCCACAACAUCCAAGAAGGAAUCACUGGAAAUUCAUCUGGACACCACCGUGCACUCCAGCUCAUAACAGGUGAAGCCAGUGCAUCUACUAUGUGGGACAACCAAGCCUGGAGCUAUCUCCAUCCAGACAAGGAGGAGACAGAGCCCCCCUUCUUGGCCCAGGACUUUAUCCACGCAGUUCAACCUGAUGCCAAAAUCAUCAUCAUGCUCAGAGAUCCAGUAGAGAGGCUCUAUUCAGACUACUUGUAUUUUAAGAUGGCCAACAAGUCAGCAGAGGACUUCCAUCAGAAGGUCACAGAAUCUGUACAGCUGUUUCAGUCCUGUGUCUCCGAACGGUCACUUCGUUCCUGCGUCUACAACACCAGCCUCUCCAACAACAUGCCAGUGAGAUUAAAUCUCGGGGUGUACAUUGUCUUCUUAUUGGACUGGCUAACAGUUUUCAAUAAGGAGCAAAUCCUAGUUCUUCGACUGGAGGACUACGCAGCAAACCUUAAAGAGACAAUCAAGAAAGUCUUUGAUUUUCUGAGUGUAGGUCCUCUGUCAGAGCAGGCAGAGGCAGCACUGACUAAACGGCCCAUGUCCAACACUCGGCGGGUGGAAGACAGGAAUCUUGGCCCUAUGUUUCCAGCCACCAAAGACCUCCUCAGGAGAUUUCACCAACCCUUCAACCAUAAACUGGGCAAUCUGCUGAACAACAAGGGCUUUCUCUGGAGUAACACCUGAAGGAGCAUGAGCACUGAUGAAAUGUGGACAGAUGUGAAUGAACAAUCAGAGCAAAAAGCUAAAAGUAGGAAUGCCUGUUAUAAGAAAUUGAUGUGUAUGAAGCUCUAAAUCAGUUGUAUGGGUCUUGUUUGAGAUAUUUAUUUGCUUU